AUGUUGCCUUCGCGUCUCACCCGCGCGCACGACAACGGCGAUGCUUGGGUUGAGGCUCGUGGCCAGAAGUACUCCCCCUCUCAGAUUGGUGGUUUCAUCCUCAACAAGAUGAAGGAGACUGCCGAGAACUACCUCAGCAAGCCCGUUAAGAACGCCGUCGUCACCGUUCCCGCCUACUUCAACGACUCCCAGCGUCAGGCUACCAAGGAUGCCGGUCAGAUUGCUGGUCUUAACGUCCUCCGUGUCGUCAACGAGCCUACUGCCGCUGCCCUUGCCUAUGGUUUGGAGAAGGAGGCUGACCGUGUCGUUGCUGUCUACGAUCUUGGUGGUGGUACCUUCGAUAUCUCCGUUCUGGAGAUCCAGAAGGGUGUCUUCGAGGUCAAGUCUACCAACGGUGACACUCACCUUGGUGGUGAGGACUUCGAUAUCAACCUUGUUCGCCACAUUGUCCAGGAGUUCAAGAAGGAGUCUGGCCUCGAUCUCUCCGGCGACCGCAUGGCUAUCCAGCGUAUCCGUGAGGCCGCUGAGAAGGCUAAGAUCGAACUUUCUUCUUCUCUUCAGACCGAGAUCAACCUUCCCUUCAUCACUGCUGAUGCCAGCGGUGCUAAGCACAUCAACCUCAAGAUGACUCGCUCCAACCUCGAGUCUCUUGUUGACCCCCUCAUCAGCCGCACUGUUGAGCCCGUCCGCAAGGCCCUGAAGGAUGCCAACCUCCAGGCCAGCGAGAUCCAGGACGUCAUCCUGGUUGGUGGUAUGACCCGUAUGCCCAAGGUCACUGAGUCCGUUAAGUCCAUCUUCGGCCGUGAGCCCGCCAAGUCUGUCAACCCUGAUGAGGCUGUUGCCAUUGGUGCCGCUAUCCAGGGUGCUGUCCUUGCUGGUGAGGUCACCGACGUUCUGCUCCUCGAUGUCACUCCCCUCUCUCUCGGUAUCGAGACCCUCGGUGGUGUCUUCACUCGUCUGAUCAACCGCAACACCACUAUCCCCACCAAGAAGUCCCAGACCUUCUCUACCGCCGCCGACUACCAGACUGCUGUCGAGAUCAAGGUCUUCCAGGGUGAGCGUGAGCUCGUCAAGGACAACAAGCUGCUCGGAAACUUCCAGCUUGUUGGUAUCCCCCCUGCCCACCGUGGUGUUCCUCAGAUUGAGGUCACCUUCGACAUCGAUGCCGACAGCAUCGUCCACGUCCACGCCAAGGACAAGUCCACCAACAAGGACCAGUCCAUCACCAUCGCCUCCGGCUCUGGUCUCUCUGAUAAUGAGAUCCAGUCCAUGGUUGAGGAUGCUGAGAAGUACGGUGCUCAGGACAAGGAGCGCAAGGCUGCCAUUGAGGCUGCCAACCGUGCCGACAGUGUCUUGAACGACACUGAGAAGGCCCUCAAGGAGUUCGAGGACCGCCUUGACAAGGCCGAGGCUGAGCAGAUCCGUGAGAAGAUUGCUGCUCUCCGUGAGUUCGUUGUCAAGAACCAGUCCGGCGAGGGCACCGCCACUGCUGAGGAGCUUAAGCAGAAGACCGAUGAGCUCCAGAACGCCAGCUUGACCCUCUUCGACAAGAUGCACAAGGCCAACGCCGAGCAGCAGCAGUCUCAGUCUGGCGAGGCCAACCAGGGCGAGAACAAGGCCUAA